AUGGCGACAAAGUAUCUAGCCACAUGGGCCCUGGCCCUUCAGUUUACGAACCUUACUCGGCCUGUGACUGACAUGGCAGUCAAGAGUAUCUACAACUGGGCUGGGUGUGCCAUCGGCGGAUAUGCCCUUCCCCCGGCCGGAGUUGCAUAUGAUGCCGUAACGUCAAUGAUGCCAGAAAGCACAGGUAAUUCCUCUAUUCUGGGGUCUAAUGCCUUCGCCGAUAUCCAGACAGCAGCUCUGGUCAACGGUAUAGCCUCGCACGUCGAUGACUACGACGAUACGCACUCUGAUACACCUGUACACCCAUCCGGCCCUGUGUUGUCUGCUCUGCUGGCAGUUGCGGAAUGGAAGGCUCCAAUCUCCGGUGAAGACUUCCUUACAGCCUUUGUUGCUGGAGUGGAGGCUGAGUGCAAGCUUGGGAUUUCUGUCUAUCCUGAGCAUUAUGAUAUUGGAUGGCACAUCACCAGUACCACCGGCUCAGUGGGCGCGGCAGUUGCUGUUGGUAAACUCCUAGGCCUUGACGUGGAGAAACUCCAGCACGCAAUCAGCAUCGCCGCUGUCCAAGUUAUUGGAAUGCAUGAGUCCUUCGGCACCGACACAAAGCCAUUCCAUGUCGGCCGUGCUGCGCAGUCCGGACUUUUGGCAGCGGUGCUCGCCCAAAAUGGGUUUGGCGGGUCGCUGGAGGGACUGGAGGCAGAGCGAGGCUGGGCUAAUGUUGUGAGCACUCGCAACAACGUCACAAAGGAAUUCACCACACUUGAUGAUGUUUGGGAAGUGACGAAGAAUACAUUCAAGCCUUUCCCCUGCGACCGGAUUAUUCACGCUGCCAUCGAUGGUUGGAUCCAGAUCCAUGACCAGGCAGUAGAGAAGAAGCUUGACCUUACCAGCAUCGUGAAUGUUACGGCCCGCACCAACCCCAAGGUGCUGUUUUUGACAGACAACCCCGAGCCAAAGACUGGUCUCGAUGGAAAGUUCAGUGUUUAUCAUGCCGCUGCUGUGUCUUUGCUCUUUGGGGAAGCGACUCCGGUCCAGUUCACUGAUGAAGCUGUCAAGAACUCCACUGUUGUAGAUCUUCGUGGGAAGGUGACGGUCACUUCAGAUGAUGCUAUCAGCGAUCACGAGGCUUUUGUCAGUGCUGAGUUCAAAGACGGUACUAAACUGGAAGUUCAUGUAAAGGAGGCUUUGGGCAGCAUCAAGAAACCACUGUCGGCGAAGCAGCUUAAGGAGAAAUUCCUCGAGCAUGUCAGUAAUCACAUUGGUAUGGAACGGGCUCAGAAGGCUUUCACUGGGUUCUCUCAGAUUGCCAACUCUACGGAUGUUGCACAAAUCUUGCGAACGUUCAAGAAAUGA